UUUUUGUUGUACCUUGUUGCUACCCGUCCGUAUCGUGCAAGCUGCUCUCCUGCCCAGAAAUGGCUGAAGCUCCCCCACGGCCCUGCCGGUAUUUUUGUCACCGGUGUUCAGCAGAGAUUAGUCCGCGUUUACCGGACUACACGUGUCCACACUGUGAAUCUGGUUUUAUCGAGGAAUUAGCUGAAGAAAGAAGUGCUGAAAAUGGGUCUGCCUCCACGUCCUCUUCCAGUGAUCAGUUCCGCCCAGUCUUGGAGAACAUGGAUCACCAGCACUUGUUCACAUUUCCCCCGGGCUAUGGCCCGUUUGCCCUUGGGAUUUUUGAUGAAAACUUUGACCUUCGGUUGCGGCUACCCACAGAGGACAACCGAGAGGCGGAAAACAGGAGAGAACGGGAAAUGGCAUCACGGCAAAGAUACAGUGCACGGCAACCACGUGGUCGACAUGUUCCUCGGCGACAGGGUACGCGACACGAAGGAGUGCCCACAUUAGAGGGAAUUAUCCAGCAGCUAGUAAAUGGAAUUAUAGCACCUACAGCCAUGCCAAAUAUUGGCAUGGGACCUUGGGGUAUGCUACAUUCCAAUCCAAUGGACUAUGCCUGGGGUGCUAAUGGACUUGAUGCUAUCAUUACACAGUUAUUAAACCAGUUUGAAAACACGGGUCCCCCUCCUGCAGACAGAGAGAGGAUAAAGAAUUUACCCACAAUUUCCAUCACAGAGGAGCACGUCAGUGCUGGUUUAGAGUGUCCUGUGUGCAAAGAAGACUACAGUGUUGAGGAGAGUGUUAGGCAACUACCCUGCAAUCAUUUGUUUCACAAUGACUGUAUAGUACCGUGGCUGGAACAGCAUGAUACGUGUCCUGUGUGCAGGAAGAGUCUUAGUGGACAAAAUACAGCCACAGACCCACCAGGGUUAUCAAGAAUGAACUUCUCUCCCUCUUCCUCCUCCUCUUCUUCCCCGAGCUCACCUAGCAAUGAAAAUGCUGCCAGCAACUCCUAGAUUUUCACCGUUUCACAACAGAAAACAUCACACCCUUCUUAGAUCCGGCAGCUCCUCUCUGCAGCUGAGACGAGGACAGCUUUCUGUCUCAGUUGAGUGGGACAGUGAGAUGAGGUGAACUUUGAGUCACAGAAAGGGGAAUUUUAGUUUGUUUUUGUUUUUUUCCCCCUUCCUCCUAUGCUGAACAGAUACUGAGACCACCUCCCUCUGCUUCUGUUACAGAGUGUGUGAGGAGAUGAGACUCAGUAAAGAUGGGGAAUAUGAUGACGUUAAUAAUGGUCCAGUUCUGAGUGGAAUUGUGACAAGACCUGGAGCAGAGCUUAAACCAUAUUGGACUGCGUUUUUAUGAAAACAUGUCCUUGAAGGUGUGUUUGGACACAUUUUAUAUUUAAAAGACAAGAUGCUCUUUUUAAAUCAUUGCCUGUGGUGGUGGAGUCCGUAGAUGUGUAGAUAGAGAAUUCAUUUUGAACUGUGAGCCACUGUACAGCUAAUGGAUCAAACCAAGAUCUUGUGGGAAGGAGACUGAGAUUAUGCAUUUGAUUUUUAUUUAUUUGCACUUUUAUUUUGCACAAAAUCUCAUGUUGGGAUGUGAAUCUGGUUAUACUACUGAAUGAAAACAAGCAACAUUUCAGCCUUUUGCAUUGAAUAUAUCUUUGAAGAUGUUUUUCUUUUUCUUUUUUAAUUUUCUUUUUUAAGAAUUUGAUCCAGUGUAUUUGGUGCAUUUUGGUAAGGUGAAGAUAAUUACAAAUCAGCAGGGAUAUAUAGUGAAAAUUUUAACAACUUUGCACUUAUUGGACCCCUGCAAGGGAAAAAAAAAAGACAAACAGGCAUGGGAUCAUCUUACCUCUAUGGAACUGGCCAAAUGUGUUUCACAAGCAAGUGUUUAUUUUAUU